ACAUACAAAACAUCGCAUUCGGUCUUUUUUUCAAUUAUAUAUGUAUAUGUAGUUUAAAAUAGUAAUAAAUAAUAACAAAUGCCCAAUACGAAAUGUAUUGUUUUUGUUUUGUUAAAUGACAUUUAGUCUUUGCAAUUCUUUCAACUUAAUUCUAUUCUAAGAAUUUAUCAUUUUCACUUGAAUCUUCUAAAUUUCUUUCUUUUUUUUUUGUCGUCACCCUUCCCCGACAACACACUAUGGAGUUUUCUACAACCAGUGGUCCAAGUAAUAUAUUUCGUUCAUUUGGAGGACGAGAAUUACAAUUGAACAUUAUUGACUACAAUCGCGAUUCGUUCGAAAUACAAAUCAUCAAUAAAGAUUACUCAAAUGAAAGAAGCUUUCGCCUCAAGUCAAUAGCUACUCUAGCUGUUACCUAUUUGGCCUACAUUGCGUCCACCACAAGCCGGCUACUCAUUGUUGAUGUUUUGUCACUCUUUACUUUGGGAUUUUUAAUAUACACAACCAUUGAGUUGGUUAAAUCAGAGAAAGUUCUAUUCGUGGCUGAAUUUGCUUUACAAAUAACGACGGAGAAGUUCCUGUCUCGCAAGAGUAGUCUUUUUAUCCCAUCCAACAAUAUCAAAGAUGUGGUAAUCAACGAAGUUAUAAAUGAUCUCGCAAUCAAGUACGUUCUUAUAACAAGGACGAGAGGGAGUCUUAGUCAUGACAAGCCCAUUAUAGCCAUGUUCAAGUCUCUGCAGCCGCGGAUUGAAUGUCUGGAGGUAGUAUAUUCUCAUUUUCUCAAGAAACUAGACAUUGAAAGAUGAAUAAAUCAUUUUACACUAAAAAAUAAAGUCGAUAGCUGUACCCAAAUCCA